AGUACACAUGGUCUUAGGUCCAGUCAAUGGAGAGUCUCAUGUCACAACGCGUGUAAUGGGCACCUACGGUUAUGCGGCUCCUGAGUAUGUGGCUACUGGCCGCUUAUAUGUCAAGAGCGAUGUUUAUGGUUUUGGAGUGGUAAUGCUCGAGAUUAUAACAGGGUUACGAGUUCUUGACACUUCUCGACAUGUCUCAAAGCAUAACUUGGUGGACUGGGUUAGACCUUUAUUAAGUGAUAAAAAGAGAAUACACAGAGUUAUGGACUCACGAUUGGAGAAAAAAUACCCUACGAAAGCCGCUCAUAAAACCGCUGAGCUCAUCCUAACUUGUCUUGAACCAGAUCCCAAGAACCGGCCUUCUAUGGAGGAAAUAGUGUCGUGUUUGCAGGGUAUUAAUGCUAUCAAAAUGGAACCGAGCAAGUCAACGGCUAACACCAUCAAAGGUCAAGCUAUCAAUGAAGUUGCAUAACAAACAAAUAUCCGGUAUGGGAAUGGAUAUUGUUUUCAUCACUAAAUUCAUGUUUGUUCCUAAAGCUAG